UUGACCCAAAUUCGAUUUCUUCUUUCUCCCCUCCCCCUCUAACGGUGGCCGUUACCCUCUUUGAGGGCAUGCUUUCAUCACCGGCCAUUGUAUCGGAUGCCAAUCCUCCUUUUGCCACUCUUGUCCCUGCAGAAGCCUGACCAUAAUCUAAUCCGCCGCAAUGGUCUCAAGGAUAGAAAUUUCCAGUGGGUAUUACUGGGCUCCUCGGCCUGGGAAUGGGGGAACCUUCACCAGCCGCCUAUCUAACAUUCUCGGUGUACCCCGCGUCGCUAACGACGAUCUCAUCUCCACUGGCCCCCUCUCUCAACUGGAAAUAUUGGAACUGGCUAUUGGCAUUGACUUGGUUGUCAAUCUAAAGCUCCAGGAAGAUGUAUUGCCUAAGAAAUGUCCUCAAAGAAGAAUUUGCAGUGAGUUUGGGAAAUUUCAAUCAAGGGUGGAAAUUGGAAUCCUGGUAUUAGCUGGCUCCACUUAUUCCCCAGCCACAUUGUAUGUUGAAUCUCAUUCUUGGUCAGAUGAUACUGAAGCCGUAGUAAAAGAACAGCAGAGUCAGCUGUGGAGGACUUUUAUCGUAGUCAAGCAAAAUUAUAGGAGUUUGACCUGCCAAGAGAGUUCCCAGAAUCCUGGCCAAAAUUGCUGGAAGCUCUCGAUCUUAAUGACAAUGAAGAGAAGCAGUCUGCUGCACCACUGCAACAUAAGCUAUUUUACUGUACCUUUGAAGCUGACCGAGCUGGUUGGCUCGAGUAUUGCAAGCUGCAGUAAGUUAACACAGCUGCACACAUAUAUAUCAUUUCUUGACUGCUGCAGUAUAGAUUGUGCUGUACAUUUUUUACCUUCUUGCGUCAAAUUGAGAUUUUAAGAUUAUACCUCAAGAAUCAAGUUCAUAAAUAGCUGAUUUAUCAGUACUUUGAUUCUCCAAAUCGUAUGGUCCUUUUGUGUCAUCUUUGUUAUCGAAUGGCCUAUAUAUGGGAAACAUU